GUCAAAUCUGGAUCCACGCUCCCCACAGCGUGGUGGUAAGAUUUAAUGGACGCGCACAAGGGUAUCUACCCGCCAUAUUCACUUCUUCAGGAUAGACAGAUCCGUCUUUUACACCUCGAACCCGCUACAGACAGCGACGCUCCAAUCAGAUGCAGCUUCACGACCGUUUCUCUCGCUAACAGCCCAUGUUACGAAGCCCUUUCAUAUGUUUGGGGGGACUCCACUCUUCUGAAUACUGUGAAGCUAGAUGGCUUUGAUGUUGCCAUUUCCAGCAACCUGUUCCAGGCUUUGUGCAGAUUACGACGACGAGAUGCAGGUCGUAUUCUAUGGGUUGAUGCCGUGUGCAUCAAUCAGGGCGAUAUCGAUGAACGCUCGCGCCAAGUUAGCUUGAUGGGUAGCAUAUACCAAGACGCUGAAAGAGUCGUGGUCUUUCUUGGACAAGAAUGGGACGGUCACGAUCUUGCAUUUGACUACCUAAAUCUCUGCGCUGAGCAAGGUGAAUACCACUUUGUACCAUCACUUGAGCCGCACUUAAAGGUACGAGGUCACGAUGCGUCGUCACCAAUUCUCAGAGACAAUCUCAUCAGAUUCUUCGACUCCCCCUGGUUCUAUCGAGUAUGGACAGUCCAGGAGUACGUGUUGUCAAAGACGGUCAUAUUCCAAUACGGGGACGCCCUCAUUGAUGGCCAGCGCGUCCAAGAUGCGUUUUGUCAUCUCAGAAAACACGCAGCAAUGGCGUGCUGCGGAAUGCAUGCGUACAUCCUUGACGAGAGCCCAAUGUACGGCACCAACUUGUUCUUCGCACUAUGCCGCAUGGAUGAUCUCGACAGCAUGAGGAGGUACAAGAAUCGGAACGACGUCCUGGAGACUCUGUCUAUGUACCGCCAGCGAGGGUGUUCAGAUGCCCGCGACAGAGUUUACGGGAUUCUGGCCAUGGGCUUCAGAGGUACUGGAAGCCAGAUCCAACCCGACUAUACGAUCCAGGCGCAGGAACUGUUUGUCCAACUUGCUCUGGAGCAGAUACACCAGACCAAGUCACUUGACGUCCUGACCCAUGUACUUUGCGGCGAAAACUCAGUUUCGGGACUCCCCUCGUAUAUUCCCGACUGGAAUAUCUCGUUAACUCCCAUCACCCUCUUCCGAUGCAAGGGGCGCCCAUUGACGCUGAUGUACUACAACACAGCGGCAGGAACCGAGGCUGAUUUCCGCAUGGUGUCUUCCUCUCGGGCAAUUUCAAAGGGAAUUAUUGUUGACCGGAUCGAAGCGGUGGGCAUGAUUGCCUCUUUUUCGAAGGUUGAAGAUGCAGCGCGCACAAAGACCAUUGUCGAUGAGGCGCGGUCAUUGUCGGGGCUUCCUCACCUACCCCCGAAGUCCUUCGACGAUGCUAGUUCUGAAGAGAUUGCGUUCUGGCAGGCUCUUACCGGAAACCUAUCCAUUCAUAUCCAUCACGGUGUCAGUGUUUACGAGCAUGCCGAUCCGGCUGUUGACUACGAGCGGUACCUGCGAUGGAGUCGUCUGGUCGAAUCACACGCAAGUCGCGAACUGGAUCUGCCAACUGCUGACGUGGAAGUCUUCGGCAGUACGCUGCUGUCUAACUUGGCAGCCCGAAGGUUUAUGCGAACCACGAAAGGUCUCAUUGGCUGUGUCCCUGCAGAGUCUCAACCCGGCGAUCUAGUGGUGGUGCUCGCUGGAGGCAAAGUACCAUAUGUGCUGAGGGAGCAAAUGAGUGCUGGGACUGAGGAUGACCAUGUCGUCUAUUCCUUUGUUGGUGACGCAUACGUCACAGGUUUAAUGAAUGGAGAGGCGGUUGGAGAUGGCUCAAACUGGAAAUCAUUGCACCUGGUCUGACCAAGCUCGAAGGGUCAUAAUGAUGUUCCAGCAUUAAACAAAGUCCAAUAUCUAGAAACAGUUAGACUGAGCCAACCCCACCAUAGGAGCGAGACCAAGUACCACAUUCGAGCUCAAGGUGUGCGCACUCACACCUCAAUACCCCACAUUCUUAAAGGCGUCUUUGGCGUUAUUUUAGGCACCACGUGCUGUAUGUCCAUUGGUAUUCGG